ACAGCGUUGGGGUCAUUUGUCAGGAUUUCCUGUUUCUCACCCACCUUAAGUCUAUGGACCAUUUUUCUGUCUGCUCACUGUCUGGAAGUUUCUUGUAAUUCAUCCCCACUGGCUUGGCUUUCUUUCCCUGGAGAAGCUCAGUGUUAUUUUUGUGCUUGGAGAGUUCACUGUGUUCUCUACCUUCCAGUUUUGUUGUUUAAUUAGAAAACUACAGAGAAGUACAAAGAAUAACAUAACAAAUACCCAUGUACUUUCCACCUAGGUUUAGUAAACAUCAACCUUUCGUUAUCAUGUCAAGUUUUUUCAUCCAAGAAAAAACAUGACAGAUAAGUUAAAAGCCCAUCUUCCUUUCCCAGGCCCUCUCCCUCCUUCCCUAAAGUCAGCCACUCUGAUGAAUUCAGUGGGUAGUCUUCCAGUUUAUGUUUUUAUACUUUUACUACAAAAUAUAGUAUUGUCUUGAGUUUUUAAAUCUUUGUAAACGAUGUAUCACAUGAAAGUAAGUUCCUUUCUCUCAGUAUGGGUUUUGAGAUCUAAUCAUGUUUAAACCAGUGCCCAGCACUGCUCUAGGGACUAAGAAUACAACUAAAUGAAACAAAUUCCUUUCCUUGUGGAUUUUUUAUUGUGGAAGGGUGGGGAGGCACACAUGGUAUGAAUGGGUGACUGUUUAUUAAUUUAUUCGUGGCCAUUUGUUUCCUAUUACAAACAACAUUGCAGGGGACAUGUCUAUGUGUUCCCUUGUCCUAUGUCCUGUGUACAUAAUUCGCAAACUUUUCUUAUAGAGCCAGAUAGUACCUUUUUUUAGACUUGUGAGCCAUGUGCUCUGUCACAACUACUCACUUCCACCCUUCUUGAAAGGGGCCUUACCUAAACAAUGUGUAAACAAAUCAUUUAUGAACACUGGUUUUUCAUGAUUUUUAUGUGUGAUAAAAUAUUCUUUUUGGGACUUCCCUGGUGGUCCAGUGGUUAAGACUCCACACGUCCACUGCAGGGGGCACUGGUUCGAUCUCUGGUCAGGGAACUAAGAUCCCACAUGCUGUGGGGCGCCACCAAAAAAAAUUUUUUUUUUUAAUUUUUCCCCAACCAUUUAAAACACGUAAAACCCAUUCUUAACUCAAGGUGUACAUAUCUUGGCCCACAGGCCAAGUCUGCUGCAAAGACAUUACUCCAGAGCCUUUGUAAAGAUGCUCCAAGCCCAGUUCCAGAUGAAAACAGGAAGUGUGAGUGGAAGCUGCCCACUCACUCAGGCCAUUGAGAAAUACCUGGAAAAGCCUUCAGGAAGCUGGAAGGAGGAAUAACAGCUAGGGGUCUCCGGAGCCACGCCCUUUGCCAGGUCAUAUCUUGUGUCAGGCCUCCAUGGGUUUGUGUAUAAAGGCCCCUGAAGCUGGUGCCUGACAGAACCCAGAAUCUACAGACCGACCGGACCCUUGGCUGAGCCUGCUGCCCUGAGCCCCAUGAAGCUGACGGCCCUGCAGCUGCUGCUCUGGCACAGUGCGCUCUGGACAGUGCAAGAAGCCACCCCGGUCAGCCCUGCCAGCUCCCUGCCCCAGAGCUUCCUGCUCAAGUGCUUAGAGCAAGUGAGGAAAAUCCAGGCUGAUGGCGCCGAGCUGCAGGAGAGGCUGUGCACCACCCACAAGCUGUGCCACCCCGAGGAGCUGGUGCUGCUCGGGCACACUCUGGGCAUCCCCCAGGCUUCCCUGAGCAGCUGCUCCAGCCAGGCCCUGCAUCUGACAGGCUGCCUGAGUCAACUGCACAGCGGCCUCUUCCUCUACCAGGGCCUCCUGCAGGCCCUGGCGGGGGUCUCCCCAGAGUUGGCCCCCACCUUGGACAUACUGCAGCUGGACGUCACCGACUUUGCCACCAACAUCUGGCUGCAGAUGGAAGACCUGGGGAUGGCCCCUGCCGUGCAGCCCACCCAGGGCACCAUGCCGACCUUCACCUCGGCCUUCCAGCGCCGGGCAGGAGGGGUCCUGGUUGCCUCCAAGCUGCAGAGCUUCCUGGAGCUGGCUUACCGUGUCCUGCGCUACCUUGCCGAGCCCUGAGCAAAGCCCUCCCCCUCCAGUGUAUUUAUCUCUAUUUAAUAUUUAUGCCUAUUUAAACCUACUAUUUAAAGACAGGGAAGAACAGAAAGGAGCCCCAGACUCCUGGGUCCUUCCCUCCACCUCCAAGUUUCAUUCUCCCCCCUGUAGCAGGGAGAUAAACUCCUGUCUUCCCGUCCCCUGGACUGGGAGGGAGUUGGUAAAUACCAAGUAUUACUUCCUGUGACUGCUCCCUGCCUGGCUCUGCGGUGGGCUCUGGGGAGAGCCGCAACGAACCCCUACCCUGAGGGUCCCACCUCGGGGCCCUUGGAAGCAUCGGGAAGUCUCCCACGUGGGAGACGAGCCAGCCCUGUUUAAUAUUUAAACAGCAGUGUUCCCCAACCGGGUCCUUGCACCCCCAGCUCUGGCCUGACAUGCUGCUUCCCUCAAGUCCCCUUCACCUCGGGCACGAAGCCCAGCAGAGGCAGCUGGAGCCGGGGUGUUUGACCCUGGGGUCCCGCGAAUUUGCUGGGGAAUCUUUCUCUUUUUAGGAUUUCUUUUCUCGGGCAUGUUUUGACUCCUCAUGUGGGGAGCCCAGGCACCAGCGACCCCUCUUGUUGUGCGGAUGCACUGUAGACACCAUCAGGCUUGUGGCGCCUGCGCCACCCCACCGGGCUUGGGGUCGGGAUUCUGACUCCCUUUCAGGCUGGGCAGACGGUCCUGUCUCGGCCUGGGUGGGUGGGACUGGGAAUGUGGGAGGGAAAAAGAUGAGGGGGCUUAUGUGA